AUAUAUAUAUAUAUAUAUAUAUAUAUAUAUAUAUAUAUAUAUAUAUAUAUAUAUAUAUAUAUAUAUACAUAUAGAUACAUAUAUUUGUAUUAAAUACAGCGUCAACAAGCAUCCGUAUUCUGUUUGAAAGUCAGAGCUGUGUUAAUGGUACCAAAUUAAUCGUAAAUUUCGAGAAUGUGCGCUUACAGGCGGAACCAUUAACGUCACACACGGUGAACUUGAACGAUAUCGUUAUAACUUCUCGACUCGUCGACUAGGUCGACGGCGAGGAGCACGAUUUGCUUCGCCUAAGUUCUACCUUUUAUCUUAAGUGUCUUAUUGCCGUGAAAAAUUUUGUUAAAAAAACAAAGAGAAAUAUACAUUAUUUGUGUAAUGAAGUGUUACAGCGAGUGAUUUUGCAUUUCGAUACGACUAUUCGCAGGUUCCCGCCGAACUGUAUGCCGAAAGCUAACGUGGCGUCAAGUUGUGACAACUACUUUUAAUAAAAUAAAUAAGAUGAAGAGACUUACGACUAUUAUAAUAAUAAUAAUAAUAAAAGUAAUAAUGAAACAUGCAACGAUUAUGAGCACAAAACUGAUGAAAGUUUACUGGAGCUACUAUUAAUCCUUAUCCAGACGAGCCCUUUUUUCUCUGUCUCUUGUCGAUUGAAAGAAUGAAUGAUUUCCGUAGAAAUGACAUUGAUGAUAUAAUGGAAAACCUGUGACGAGUGCAAGUGUUUCUGAGAUGUAUCAGAGAAUCAUGAGCAAAAUAAAUAAACGCAACAGUUUUGUUUACGAAAGUAAAAUCACUCGAAUGUUAAUUUUGUCGGAUAAGAAUCGGCGGUACUUGUAAGCGUGCGUGUAGAUAAUUCUUAUCGCUGACAAGACGGAAACGUCUGUGAGACACUUGAUGCCCGGAAGAUAUCCGAGAGCAUUCCCUAAACCGAUAGCAAGCCGUGCAAGUCCUAACAUUCGAAUUAACUGUGUUUGUCACUCAAUUGGCACACAACAAUAACCCUGUCCUAUCAUGCAAAAUAUUAGGUUGGUGCAAGAACGUUUGUCAUUUUUCUGUUAAAUUGUCGUGGAAGAGAUUUUAUUGUAUUUUGUAGGAGAAAUGGAAAGUUCUCAUUUGAUGUCUGAAAAAAUAUCGAAUCAAUGUUGUUAAUUUUAUAUUCGUAAAAAUGACGAAUUCUUCGAAACUGGACGAUUUCGUUUUCUAUCCACUUGAUGAUCCAGAUACGAUGAGCCUUCUGUGCCAACCUAAUAGAAGAGAGUCGGAACAGGCAACAACACACUGUUGGACGCCGCGAGCUCGACAUGGCUGCUCUAGUGUCUUGUAGGGCGAUUCACUAGAUGUAUGUAAAGUCACCAGAGCGGCGCGGCGUCGACGACAGGUGUCUCGGGUCCUGCCAUACAGGUGUUCAGUCGGCCAGUGGUGGUCAGAGCGGCGCGCAUUCGUGCGUGCGUGCGUGCAUGCUUGCGUGCGUGCGGGCGUGCGUGCGUGCAUGCGUGCAUGCGUGCAUGCGUGCUCCAUUUCGUUCUGUGGCAUCCGCGACGGGCGCGCGAACGAGGAAAUCUCCUCUCUUUCGCGAGUGUUUGUUCUACGUUCCGCGGGAAAGAAACGUAUUUUUUCUAUCCACAAGAGGGAGAGAGAAAGAGAGAGUUACGAGUAGCGUGCCGAGUGACGAGAAGCGCGACGCGUAUGCUCGUCGGAGCUCUGAAUAAUGACUCGGCCGAGGCGCAAAGUCAUCGACUCGGGAAUACCGAGAAGGGAGAGACUGUUCCGUCGCUUUCGGACAAAAGUUGAAUUUUCACACGCGCGAACGAUCCACGGUGAUCCACACGCAGGCAGGACCGAUCGGAACAUGAAUUCGUAGUGGUGUAUAGUGGGAUAUUAUGCUAAUUGGCUUUACGGUCAGGAUGCGGGAGGAAGAGCUCGAGAUAUCACUCAAGGUGGUGAUAGUAGGCAACGGCGCCGUGGGGAAGUCGUCGAUGAUCCAAAGAUUCUGCAAAGGCACAUACACGAGGGAUUACAAGAAGACGAUCGGCGUCGACUUCCUGGAGCGUGAGAUCGAAGUCGACGGCGAGGAUGUAAGACUGAUGCUGUGGGACACAGCGGGACAGGAGGAAUUCGAUGCUAUUACAGCGGCUUAUUAUCGCGGCGCUCACGCCUGCGUCCUCGCUUAUUCGGCCACCGAUAGAGAUUCUUUCGACGCGAUUCCGACGUGGAAACUCAAGGUGGAGAACGAGUGCGGAGAGAUUCCCACGGUACUGGUGCAAAAUAAGAUCGACCUUGUCGACCAAUGCGUGAUCGAUCCGGACGAGGCCGAAAGGCUCGGCCGUGCUUUAGGCUGCAAACUCCUGCGGACGUCCGUGAAGGAGGACAUUGGCGUGAUGAGUGUCUUCCGACACUUAGCGUCGCGAUGUCUGCACGAGAUGCGCCGCUCUGACGACGAUUAUCAGGACGACCUGCGACUGUACUCCUCGGAGCCUAGGUCCCCUGCAGUCAUCAGUGCGUUUAAUCCGGACGGCUCGAUGUGCGGCCGCAACGCCGGCAAUGGCACGAUAAUUUUGCGACCGGGCGGCAAGACGAAGAGCCAUAAGAAGCGGAACUUCGUGAAGAACGCCUGUAGACUCUUGUAGCGAUUUCUCUCGCGUAACGUUACGCACGAUAACGUUACACGUCGUUAUGUGCGAGGGGCUCGCGCGUGUUGGUGGUGUAAUACGGUGUCUCGUACGCGUGAUAGUUGUAAAUAUACAUUGGUUUAUUUCGUAUGCGUAAGAACGAUGAUUUUACAGUGCCCAACUAAAGUGCGAGCUGGUCGAGUUUCCAGAAUGGAACGGCUAGGACGGUCACGUAAGAGCGCGUAGUGCUACAUCGUUUAACAUCGGGGACUCGUUAAUUUAUACGCAAUAGAGUUAAUAUACUCGUAAUAUUAACCAAAUGGUUUGUAGAUGAUAAGCUAAUCCACGAGAGAGAUUAACAUCGCAUGUUAACUAUGUGAUCGUUCAUACUCACGUCUGUGAACGGAAACAGUUGGCAGAGAGUGCGGUUUGACGCGCAGUUUUGUAAAUACUUCGCUGUGUCGAUUACUGAAUUGCCGUUUUCUCUCUUAAUUUUCUUAGAAAAAUACGUUCUCUUUUUUGUUUUCAACGCUCCCGUCACACAUUACAGAAUUAGUUGUACGGUAUGGAUUGUAACGCUAGCAUUAACAGUACAACAAUAAUGACGAUCAUACACUAAUAAUUAUAAUAUAAUAACAGUUAUUCACAAAGCAACAUGUCGAGAUCGAUCAAGCUCCCUCAUUGUAUGAUCGUGACGAGAGGAAAGUGUCAACGCGACUUUAAGCGUGAAGAUUCAAGCCGAAAUCGAGUGAAAUGGAAGUGCAUCCCGAACACAUGUAAGUUAGCAGUACAAAUCACGAUUUUGGCGCAAAACGUUAUUACAGCAGAUGACUUAAAGUCUAUCGUAUGUCGUAUUUUUAUUGUAUCAUUACAGAACACAAUGAUUCUUUGUACAUUUUGCUAGAAACAAAAUAAAUCUCUGACACUAA